UGAGUCAGGGGUUCCUGGGCGGGGGGAGCUGGGAGGCCCCGGAGUCUGGCCCCGGCGGGGUGGUGUUGGGUGGCGGCCGCGAGGCGGGGGCCCGGGACGGGGCGGUGAUUCGUCCGCGCCGCGGUGACGCAGGGACCGCGGGGAGCUGGGAGGGGAGGCGCCCCGGCCAGCGGUCAGGGCGCCCGGGCGGGGUCCCGGCUGGGGAUUCCCUUGCAGGUCCUGGGCAGUGAGGCGCCCUGUCCUUUGAGGGACUCUCCUCCCUGCUGCUUCCAUACAGCUUGGGGAGGGGGUGUUGUUGGAGGGGCUGCGAAAGGCUGGAGUUGGCUACCAAAACCAAACCAAACAACCUGGUUUAUGUACGAGAGUUAGCAGGACAUCAGUAUGAGCUGGUCACCUUCCCUGCCAACCCAGACAUGCGGGGCCUGGGAAAUGAAAGAACGGCUUGGGACAGGGGGAUUUGGGAACGUCAUCCGAUGGCAUAACCAGGAAACGGGCGAGCAGAUCGCUAUCAAGCAGUGCCGGCAGGAGCUUAGUCCCCGGAACCGCGAGCGCUGGUGCCUGGAGAUCCAGAUCAUGAGGAGGCUGAACCACCCCAACGUGGUGGCCGCCCGGGACGUCCCUGAGGGCAUGCAGAGCCUGGCUCCCAACGACCUGCCCCUGCUGGCCAUGGAGUACUGCCAGGGAGGGGACCUGCGGAAGUACCUGAACCAGUUUGAGAACUGCUGUGGCCUGCGGGAAGGAGCCAUCCUCACCCUGCUGAGCGACAUCGCCUCUGCACUUAGAUACCUUCACGAAAACAGGAUCAUCCAUCGGGAUCUAAAGCCAGAAAACAUCGUCCUGCAGCAAGGGGAACAGAGAUUGAUACACAAAAUUAUUGACCUAGGAUAUGCCAAGGAGCUGGACCAGGGUAGUCUGUGCACUUCCUUUGUGGGGACCCUGCAGUACCUGGCCCCUGAGCUGCUAGAGCAGCAGAAGUACACGGUGACCGUGGACUACUGGAGCUUCGGCACCUUGGCCUUCGAGUGUAUCACGGGCUUUCGGCCCUUCCUGCCCAACUGGCAGCCCGUGCAGUGGCACUCCAAAGUCCGGCAGAAGAGUGAGAUGGACAUCGUGGUGAGUGAGGACCUGAACGGAGCCGUGAAGUUCUCCAGCUCGUUACCCCACCCGAGCAACCUCAACAGCGUCCUGGCCCAGCGGCUGGAGAAGUGGCUGCAGCUGAUGCUGAUGUGGCACCCCCGACAGAGGGGCACCGACCCCAUCUACGGGCCCAAUGGCUGCUUCAAGGCCCUGGAUGACAUCUUAAACUUGAAGCUGGUUCACGUCUUGAACAUGGUCACGGGCACCAUUCACACCUACCCCGUGGCAGAGGACGAGAGUCUGCCUAGCUUGAAGGCCCGGAUCCAGCAGGACACAGGCAUCCCCGAGGAGGACCAGGAGCUGCUGCAGGAAGCGGGUCUGGCCUUGACCCCCGACAAGCCCGCCGCUCAGUGCACCUCCGACGGCAAGCUGAACGAGGGCCGCACCCUGGACAUGGAUCUCGUUUUCCUCUUUGACAACAGCAGGGUCGCCUAUGAGACCCAGAUCUCCCCACGGCCCCAGCCUGAAAGCGUCAGCUGUAUCUUGCAAGAGCCCAAGAGGAGCCUCCCGUUCUUCCAGCUGAGGAAGGUGUGGGGUCAGGUCUGGCACAGCAUCCAGGCCCUGAAGGAGGACUGCGGCCGCCUGCAGCAGGGCCAGCGCGCCGCCAUGAUGAAUCUGCUCCGGAACAACAGCUGCCUCUCCAAGAUGAAGAAUUCCAUGGCCUCCAUGUCUCAGCAGCUCAAGGCCAAGCUGGAUUUCUUUAAAACCAGCAUCCAGAUUGACCUGGAGAAGUACAGCGAGCAGAAGGAGUUUGGGAUCACGUCAGACAAGCUGCUGCUGGCCUGGAGGGAGAUGGAGCAGGCCGUGGAGCUCUGUGGACGGGAGAACGAGGUGAAGCACUUGGUGGAGCGGAUGAUGGCGCUGCAGACCGACAUCGUGGACCUGCAGCGCAGCCCCCUGGGCCGGAAGCAGGGCGGGACGCUGGACGACCUAGAAGAGCAGGCGCGGGAGCUUUACCGGAGGCUGAGGGAGAAGCCCCGAGACCAGCGAACUGACGGCGACAGUCAGGAAAUGGUACGGCUGCUCCUGCAGGCAAUCCAAGGCUUUGAGAAGAAAGUGCGAGUGAUCUAUACGCAGCUCAGUAAGACUGUGGUCUGCAAGCAGAAGGCCCUGGAGCUGCUGCCCAAGGUGGAGGAGGUGGUGAGCUUAAUGGGCGAGGAUGAGAAGACUGUGGUUCGGCUGCAGGAGAAGCGACAGAAGGAGCUCUGGAACCUCCUGAAGGUCGCUUGUAGCAAGGUCCGAGGUCCCGUCAGCGGAAGUCCGGACAGCAUGAACACGUCCCGCCUGAGUCACCCCAGCCAGCUGCUGUCGCAGCCUUGCCCAGCCCCUGACAGCUUACCCGAGGCCGUCAAGAAGAGCGAAGACCUCGUGGCUGAAGCACACGCCCUGUGCGCGCAGCUGGAAAACGCCCUGCAGGACACCAUGAAGGAGCAGGACCAGAGCUUAAGGGUAAUGGCCCGUGGGAGCCCCCGCUGCUCCACGCCCUUCCUUCCUACAGCAAACGAGAAAAAGCAGAUCGAAAGGUGGUGCCGUGCUUCCUCGAUCUCAGUGUACACUUAGGAUGUUCUAGUACAUACUUCUUAUUCACCAUGAUAACAGUGCUGAUGACUGUUGAAUGUGUGCAGGUACUUUAUGUGCAUUAUCUCAUUUCAUCCUUGCUACGCUUGCUCCUUACGAAGAAGGUAGCGUCAUUGUGAGAAGGCCUCUCCCCUGCUGCACCUUCCGUACAAUUGCCGGGCAUCUGUGUGUGGGGUGCAGUGCUGGGCUCCAGGAACAAAGCAAGAGCCCGUCUCCACCCCGCCUCUCAGGGACUCGGGGCUUAGCGGUCCUAGUUCUAGGGAAGCUGAGCUAAAGAAAAACGAGUCCAGAUGCAGGUUCGUUGAGACAGAGCUGAAAUUGCCGAGAGGACGCUAAAUCAUUCGCUUGGCUCUUUGGCCUUUUCCUGCCGAUACAGUCACACGCUAGGGUCUCCGGAACUCCUUAUUUUGGGGAAGAAUCGGAGGGGAUACUGCUCAUUGUAAUCACUUCUUAUUUAUUCAAGUGUCCUUCUCUGGUUUGGGGCUUUCUGUGUCUCUUCUUGCUGUUCUUCCUCGUCUGAGCCGUGUAUAUUUCGAUCCUUUCACUGCCCGUUUGCACUUCUGCCAGAGGAAAAGGAAGUCUGACCAGGCCAUCUCACCUGGUGAGGUUGGAGGUCAAGAGCUGAGUUUAGCCCAGGGUACCAGCUGCCCGCAGUGAGCAUGAACCAGUGCUGUGAGCUGCAGUAAUAAUACUUAGAUCACCUUCCCGGAAUCUCAGGGCUCCAAGCCCAUCCGAAGAAGAGCUCCGGCACGGUUUUGCAGACGUAGCUCUAGCUCAAGGGUACCCUGCAGAAACAAGACUGUCUUAAUGAGAGGAAUUUAAUUUCCUUCUAAACCGUGCUGGUUGCCUCCCGAAGAAGGCAGAUGUCUAGGUGGCCACGGUGUCUUUAACGUGCCCUUGAC